AACCUAAGUGAGAAGGUGUUUGAUGCUCAGGAGUUUGACACUGCAUUUUUUGAAGGUCUUCACAGUCCUUUGCUGGUCAGAUGGAAAGACGUCCGCUGGGAGGAUGGAAUGCAGUAACAUGGCUUCUCUUCCUACAUUUAACAGGUUGUGUGUUAGUGGAGGGGAUCGGUCGCUGUAGUCUGUUCGGCCAGCAGCAUGUGCACACGUUUGAUGGAGUGAUUUAUGACUUUGCUGGGGAUUGUAGCUACAUGCUGGCUGGAGACUGCAAUCGCAGAACAUUUUCAAUACUGGGUGAUUUGUCUCAGGGCAGAAGAAAAGGAGUGACACUUUAUCUGGGAGAAUUGUUUGAGUUGCAUCUGUCUGUAGAUGGAAUACUAACACAAGGAACAGAAAGGCUCCGUUUGCCAUAUGCCUCUGGCUCAGUGUUUGCUGGUUUUGAGUUGGGCAGUGUGCGCUUGUGGAGUGAGGAGUUUGGCUUCUCUAUUCGCAUCGAUCCCAUGCACAACAUUCAGCUCACCCUUGGUAAAAACCAUGCCAACAACACCUGCGGUCUGUGUGGAAACUACAACUCUGUGCCCGGGGACGACUACACUGCACAAGAAGGUUUCGUGGCAGAGGAUCCGUAUGACUUUGCCAACUCUUGGGCUCUUAAUGGAGCAGCUGAACUUUGUAAACGUGUAAAGCCACCUUCACAGACCUGUAAUACCACAGGAGACUCAGUCAAGGUUAGUCAGCAGAAUGCUGUAAAUCUUAUGUCCAAGUGUGAGGUUCUGCGCACCUCUGCGGUGUUCCUACGCUGUGCUAGCCUGGUGGAUGCAGAUGCGUUCUUGUCAGUGUGUGAGUCGGAUGCGUGUCACUGCAAAGAUAAAGACGAUUGUGUUUGCCAGGCUCUGCUGGAAUAUGCUCGUACAUGUGCUAGCCAUGGACUGGUUCUGUCUGGUUGGCAUACACACAGCCAGUGCAGUCCAAAGUGUCCUAUAGGAAUGCAGUACAGUGAAUGCUCCCCGUCAUGUUCCACAUCGUGUCAAAGUCUCAACAUUCAUGAAGUCUGCGAGGACCAGUGUGUGGAUGGAUGCACCUGUUCAGUGGGUAAGGUCCUGGAUGGAGAACGUUGUGUUGAUGUCUCCCAGUGUUCAUGUCAGCAUACAGGGAAGCGCUACCCUCCUGGUUCCACUAUCACACAGGACUGCAACACAUGUGUGUGUCGUCAUGGAUCUUGGGAGUGCACCAAUGAGGGAUGCCCAGGAGAGUGUGUGGUAUCAGGACAGUCACACUUCAAGACAUUUGAUGACAAGUUCUUUACCUUCAGUGGCCUCUGUCAGUAUCUGCUGGCUAAAGACUGUCACUCCAACUGGUUCUCUGCUGUCAUAGAAACUAUGCAGUGUGCAGAUGACCAGGAUGCUGUGUGUACACGUUCUGUCACCCUGAAAUUUCAUGACCUGUCCAAUCAGACAAUAAGGCUGAAACAUGGAGGUGUGGUCUCUGUGGACGGCCUGGACAUUCAAACACCGUUAAUCAAUGGAGCGCUGCGUAUCCAGAGCACUGUCUUGUCAUCAGUAAGAUUGAAUUAUGGAGAUAAUCUCCAGCUGGACUGGGAUGGUCAUGGACGUGUACGACUCAGGCUUAGUCCAGUGUAUGCAGGGAAAACAUGUGGCCUGUGUGGAAACUAUAACCGUAACCAAGGUGAUGACUUUCUAAUCGCGGGCGGCCUGGUAGAGACACAAGUUGAAGGUUUUGGAAAUGCCUGGAAGAUGAACGCGGAGUGUGACAACAUCCAAAAGCAACCCACUGAUCCAUGCAGCUUAAAUCCAAAGAGAGUAAACUUUGCAGAAGAGGAAUGUGCAGUGAUGCUAUCGGUGAAAUUCGAACCAUGCCAUCACAAGGUGAGCCCUGGUCCAUACCUGAAGAAUUGCCGCUAUGACGUGUGCUCCUGUGCAGAUGGCCACGCUUGUCUAUGUGCAGCUGUGAGCAGCUACGCAGCCGCAUGCUCAGCGCAGGGAGUGCUGAUCGACUGGAGGAGACAGGGAUACUGCGAACUGGCCUGUCCAGGUGACCAGGUGUACGAUGCGUGUGGAAGUGCAUGUAACCAGACGUGUCGUUCACUGUCUAUGCCGGACAUUAAGUGUGACAGUGUUUGUGAGGAGGGUUGUUUCUGUCCUCGUGGGCUUUAUCUCAGCGAUACAGGACUCUGUGUAGCACCAGACCACUGCACGUGUCACUAUGAUGGAGAAAUCUACCAGCCCAAUGACAUGUUCGCUGAUCACCACUCAAUCUGUUAUUGUGAGAAUGGCUCCAUGCGCUGCAGUUCCAGUGAUCUCUCACCGUCUGUGCUAUCAGACCUCUUUUUUGAUGAACCUGCACCUUCAAGAGAUCGGCGAUCUCUGUCCUGCCCGACCCCACUGCAGCAUCUACAGUGUGAGAGUACGAGAGACGUGGGAAUCGAAUGUGCUAAAACAUGCCAGAACUUGGACUUUGAAUGUGUGAGCCAGGGCUGCAUCUCUGGCUGUGUGUGCCCUCCUGGGACGGUUCGUCAUAAAAAAGAAUGCAUUCCUCCGAACCAGUGUCCAUGUUUCCAUAACAACCAGCCCUAUUUUCCUGGACAGAGUAUCAAUAUAGACUGCAACACCUGUGUGUGUGCUGGACGGCAGUGGAACUGUACUCAACGAGUGUGUGAUGGUGUGUGCCGUACAGUAGGAGAGUCACACUACAUCAGUUUUGAUGGACUAAAAUUCUCCUUUCCAGGACCCUGUCAGUACAUUCUUGCUCAGGAUUACUGUAAUGGUUUGGAUGGUACAUUUCGGGUGCUGGUGGAGAACUCUGCCUGUGGGGUGGUAGGACAUCGCUGCAGGAAAAGCAUCAGUGUGUUUUACAUGGGAGGACUGAUCACCAUGGAGCAUGAAGAGGUGAAGAUGAGGAGGCCUGUGAUGAAGGAAACUGAUGUUGAGAUUGUGCGCUCUGGACUCUAUUACAUUGUUCUUCUAGGAAAACACAUCUCUCUCACCUGGGACAGGGGCACUCGCAUUAUACUUCAGAUCAACGGCCAAUACAAGGGCAGAGUCUGUGGUUUGUGUGGUAACUUUGAUGGCAGUCAAAAUAACGACCUAUUGAGCAGCAACAAUCAAAUGGAGGUGGAUCCUGUAGAUUUUGGAAACUCCUGGAAGGUCCGACCCAGCUGUGCUGAUGCUGUUCAGGUGGCACCUCCAUGCAAUAGUGACAUAGUAAAGCUGGUCACCGUGGAACAGUCAUGUCGUGUCCUCAGCAGCCCUCUCUUCAAGAAGUGUAACAGAGUGGUGGACCCGGAGCCGUACUGGGAAAUCUGCACUCAUGACACAUGUUCAUGUUCGUCUGUUGGAGACUGCUCUUGCUUCUGUGAUGCCAUUGCUGCUUAUGCCCAUGAGUGUGCCCAGCACGGAGUGUUUAUAGAGUGGAGGUCCAAUGAUCUGUGCCCUCUGAGCUGUGAGGAUUUCAACAAAGACGCAGGUCUAGAGUGUGAGUGGAGGUAUAAUGCAUGUGGUAGUGCCUGCCCAAGAACAUGCCAGCAUCCAGAACCCUUGAAUUGCCCAAACACCUGUCUAGAGGGCUGCCAUGCCUUCUGCCCACCAGGUCAGGUGUUAGAUGAGGUUCUGCAACGUUGCGUGGAACCAUCUCAGUGCAAGGUGUGCAUGCACAAUGGAGAACGAAUUUCCCAUGGAAAGCAGAUCAUUCUGAAUCAUAAUGAUCCUCAUCUUUGUCAGAUAUGUCACUGUGAGGACAACACUUUGACAUGCGGUCCAUGCCCUCCCUCUGGCCCAACCACAACACUUUCUCCAACCACUGCGUUUACUACACCCACGCCCCUCCCCUUCUCCACAGCGGUGCCAGAGGAUGCCUGCAAUAGAGCAAUGGAUCUAGCCUUCCUGGUUGACGGCUCCUCGUCUCUCAGUGAGGAUGAUUUUGGUUUGGUGAAACAGUUUAUUCUGGGAGUUGUGGAGCGCUUCCGCAUGGGCUCUGCCUACACUCGAGCUACGGUCCUACUCUUCCAUUCAGGAGUAAAGAGCUACAACAUGCAGGUGCAGAAGUGGCUCUUUAAGAAAAUGGUGCGUGAAAUGCACUACAGUGGUGGGGAUGUCGCCUUCAUGGAUGAAGCCAUCAAGUACCUAUCUGUAUAUAUUUACGACAAGAACAAGCGAGAUCACGCUGGGCGUGUUGCUAUUUUGUUGACAGCUAGCACUAACCCAAGGACAAUGCGCACCACCCAGCGGCUGCUAAAGAAAAAAGACAUCACUGUUCUCACCAUCGCCCUCGGACCUGACGUCAGCCUGGCACAGGUUAAUGAAAUCACCAAGGCCACACCCAGUAGCCGGGCAUAUGUGCUGAGCAGUGUUGGGGAAUUAGAGAAUAAAGCUUUAGAGAUCACCGAUUAUCUCUGCACCCUGGGACUAGACCCAGAGCCACCAAAGAAAUCCACCCCUAAAGCCACCACCACCGCCACUACAACCACCACAACUCAUGCCUCCAUUAUCCAAAAUACAGAAUUAACCAAAUCUACCACUUCUCCACCUAUAGCUGCAGUAAUGACUGCAUUUCCCAGCAUCCCCAGCCCUGGAACUACCCCUUCUCCUUCUUCAGUGACCAUCCAUGACAUCACCAUCCUGCUAGAGGGGUCUGACAGCGUAGGGGAGGAAGGUUUUAACCGUACACGAGAUUCACUAAUCGAUAUUCUGACUACAUUUGAACAACACAGUGAGGAAAAAUACCGUAUCACGAUCAUGCAAUACUCCUUCAGUGUUACCAUCGAAAUUAACCAGAUGGAGAUUCAGCGCAGGGAGGUGAUAUUGCGCAAACUGAAAGAGAUCCGCUGGCGUGGGGGUGCCCAGAUCAACACAGGGCACGCCAUUCGCUCCCUCUAUGAAUCCACCACUACCCAGACACCUAAUCACUCUUCAGGCCAGAUGGUAUUUCUGAUAACUCAGAAUCCACCCACUGAUGUGAUUCAGAGGCCACCAAGCUCCACCCACACGCAGGUGAUUCCUAUCGGGAUUGGUCCACAUGUACAAGAGGUGGAUCUAGAGCCGCUGAGUUUCCCACAUGCUCCCAUCAUGCUGAAGAAUCCUGAACAGCUCCGCUCACUGGGGCCUUUACUGGUUAACAUCACAAGAACAAGAAAAGGACCGUACAUACCUGUACUACCACCUAGACCUACACUGCCCCCUUCAGUGCCUUGCUCCAAGCCCAUGGAUGUACUGUUUUUGCUGAGAGGCACUUCUGGUGAUCAGUUUGAAGAUCUGAAAACAUUUGUCAGAUCCUUUAUUAAGAGUACUGACAUUGGUCAUAAUAAAACCCAGGUAGCAGUGGCUGUAUAUGGAGAAAACCCAGUGGAAUCUAUAUCCUGGAGAGAUGUACAGAGUCCAGCAAACCUUCUUCAGAUGUUGAACAGAUUAGAGAGCAAGCCAGACAUUGCUCCAAAACUGGGUGCUGCUUUGCGAUCAGCUGUGCAAAGUUCCAUUUCUUCCACAAGUGGGGGUAGGAUGGGUGUGGCUAAGGUUGUGGUGAUGCUGGUUAUUGACAGGUCAACAGACUCAGUACAGGAGCCUGCAAAUGAGGCCCUUACUGCUGGCGUUUCAGUGUUUCCUAUUGGAGUAGGUAAUCAGUAUGACCAGACUGAACUGAGCAUGCUCACGGGCCCUUAUUCACAGCAAAACAUCAUAAAGCUGAGGAGUACAGAUGACCUGCUUGCCAUGGUUACUCUGGACCGUUCCUUUCCGGACAAGCUCUGCAGGGCUGGUCCUCCUGGGGUGUGUGUAGAUGACGAUGGAAAAGAAAGAAAGCCUGGAGAUACAUGGCUGUUGGCAGAUGGUUGUCACUCGCUUUUGUGUAACCCGACUGGAGCGGUGACCCUGCAGAGCCACAGAGUCAACUGUGAGAGGAUGGAGCCCCCGACCUGCAAGAACAACCUAAAAGCCUUAAAGGUUAACCAGACCUGUGGCUGCACCUGGGCCUGCCCGUGUAUGUGCAUGGGCAGCUCCACCAGUCAUGUGGUGUCAUUCGGAGGUGCAGCUCUGAAGCUGAAAGGAGCCUGCUCCUAUCUGCUGCUUCGCUCAGGCGGGGCAGAACUAGUCCUGCACACCACCGCCUGUCAGGGUUUACCCAAUCAGAUUUGCAUGAAGAGCUUGGAACUGAAAGAUGGAGGAACUAGCGUGGUGCUGAGAGACGAUAUGAAGGUGACAGUGGAUGGCGUGGUUACUGCAGUACCCUUCAGACAGGGUGGAUUAGCUGUCACUCAGAUUGGAGCUCUGCUUCACCAGCUACGGUCCGAGAGACAUGGGUUCACCCUCAGCUUCACUCCACAUAGCAAUGAGUUUACCAUCACAAUGGACCUCACCGUAAUCACUAACACCACCGGCAUUUGUGGUUCGUGCUCAGAUGAUCGGACAAACUUGCUGCUUCCUGAUGGUUUAGAAACUUCCGAUUCAGAUGUGUAUCUGAAGGCUUGGGCUCUAGGAGAGUGUGCUUGGGAUAGAGGAAAUUCAUACUGUGAGGCUGGAGUGGCACAGAGCUGUGAGCUGUUAGAUUCAGAGGUGUUUAGCCAGUGCCAUGUGCUGGUGCCACCUCAGGACUAUGUGGCCAUGUGUCGGCAGGUGGCCUGCCACCCUUCUGUGGUGUGUGACAUUCUUGCUGCCUACAGUAGUGCAUGUAGACAACAGGGUGUAUGUGUCAACUGGAGAACACACGACCUGUGCCCUAUGGCUUGCCCUAAGACUAUGGAAUAUGAUGCAUGUCGUACUGGGUGUAUGGAGCAGUGUGGCAGUGGUCAGCCUCUCCUUGGUGAUGUGGACUGGAGGGGUGAUGGUAUGACAAACAGUGCUCAGUGUUGGAGCACCCCUGCUGAGGGCUGCUUUUGCCCCCAUGACACACUGCUUCGAGGGGGAGAGUGUGUUAGAAGAGAGGUCUGCAACCAAUGUGUGGAUCAACAUGGACAAGCUCACCAGUUUAUGGAGAGCUGGACUCCUGAUGGCAACCCAUGUUUGCUGUGUGUGUGUCUAGACCAGCAGCGUAUUAACUGCACCGCCUUGCCAUGUACCAGUGCUAAAGCUCCUGUAUGUGGAGAGUGUGAAAUUCUUCUGGAAAAGAAGGAAUCCAAGUGCUGCCCAGAGUACGAAUGUGUGUGUGACACUAAAACGUGCAAGCAGUCCUCUCCUUUGCAGUGUAAAAAUGGACUCAGGUCUGUCCUUACAAAUCCAGGUGAAUGUGCACCAGUCUAUCAGUGUGUCUGUCAUAAGGAAGACUGCUCUGCUAUCAAGCCCUCAUGCCCUUCACACAAAAAGCUGUCAGUCAAACAGACAGACUGUUGUGAUUCAUUUGAAUGCAUAUGUGACUGUCAGAAUUCCACUCAAACUUGCCCCACUGGUUACAUCACCAAGGAGAUGACCAAUGAAUGUGGAUGUGUUGAAGUAACAUGCCUCCCUGAUAAGGUGUGCGUACUGGAUGGAGUGGUGUACCAGGUGGGCAGGAAAUGGGAGGAGAAAUGUAAGACGUGUACUUGCACAGAUAAGACAGAGCCUGUUACAGGUCUGCACAUAGUGCAGUGUGUAGAUCCUGUCUGCAACCAGAUCUGUCCUUUGGGUACCACAUAUUCUCACCCAGAGGGGGAUUGCUGUGGUCACUGUCAGAAGUCCAGUUGUUCAGAGGAGGACCAUGGAGGCCGUUUGAGAAUGGUGGGUGAACGAUGGGUGUCUCCUGAUAACCGUUGUGUUCAGAGUGAGUGUGUGCGAGUAAACGAAGAAAUCUUCAUACAGCACACUAAUGUUUCGUGUCACCUGAUGGACACCCCCAGCUGCCCACUGGGCACAGAGCUACGCUGCAACACAGCUGAUGACUGCUGCCCGACCUGCCACUGUGUCCCUGUGGAUGCAUGUCUGCUGAAUCAUACUCUCAUUGGGGUUGGUGAAUCUGUGAUGGUAGAUGCUUGUACACGCUGUAGAUGUGGGAUUGAGCAAGGAAAAUAUCACCUGGCCUGCAGGAAGAUGAGCUGUUCACCCUGCGCAGAAGGAUACACUCUAGAGCCAGUACCGGGUGCUUGCUGUGGCCGCUGUAUAGCAUCAUCCUGCUCCCUCCAACGACCUGAUGGGCAGUUAAUCAGCCUCAAGGUGAAUAGUUCCCGUGAAGAUGGCUGCUCCAAAUACACCUGUAAAGUAAAUGAGAAAGGAGAGCUCGUGUUGGAGACUGUGGUGACCACCUGCCCUCCACUAGACCGUGCCAGCUGCCUGGAGCGUGGGGGUAAAAUCAGUCAAAUUGGGCAGAGCUGCUGUGAGAUGUGUACCGAGCCAGAGUGCAGGAGGAUGGUCGGGUUGUUGAAUUAUAUUCGGGUGGAUGACUGUCAGUCAGAGGAAAAACUAGAGCUCAGUUACUGUGAGGGCCACUGCAGCAGUAAGUCUGUGUACUCUCUGGAGAAGAACCGUGUGGAAAACCAGUGUGUAUGCUGCUCUGCUACUGGAACUCUGCCACUCAGUGUUUCUCUACACUGUCCAAAUGGCACAAAGAUACAUCACCAAGUCCUCACCGUCACAGGCUGUGACUGCCAGAGCCAUGCCUGCCCUACUGACUGACAGUACACGCUGUACCAUUACUCUUACAUUCUCACACACAUGUAAAACUGCACUACAAUCACACAUGAAUACAGCAGCAUUUUUACUUUGAGAUUGCAUGUCAUGUUUUAUCACAUUAUUAAAAGUAUACCUUUACAGCAACAAUACUUACUGUCAAGAAUCACCAUUUAAUCAAUAAAUUGUAUGGAUAUUUUUA